AUGAGAAUGAUACAUAUUGGCACAAUUUUUUCAUUUCUGAUACUCCUAUUAAGUAUAAGAAGAAUAACAAAAUGCAAAAUAAUGAAUAAUGAAACAAGCCAAAUGGACACAAUAAAAUCUAUAGAUCAAAGAAUUAUGGAUUUGUUGAACUCAGUUAGCGUCGGUCGAUCUGUUGUAAGGAAAAAAAACAUAUUAAAUGAUAUGUCGAAUUAUAUACAAUUUUUAAAAGUCCUCAGCACCAUAAAUCCUUAUGAGCACAUGGAAGAAGAUGGAUUUGUUACAAUCGACACAACGGGAAAAAAAAUUAAGGAAAAAAAAAAUAUUCAGAUUGUGUAUUCCUCCAGAAAGAAUUAUUACAAAAAUAAUAUGAACGAUGUGAAGAGUGAAGUCAAUAGUGUCUUAUAUUCUCCUGAAACGAACAAAUGA